AUGGCCGUCAGCUUCCGGCGCUUCAGGCCCGAGGACCUGAAUAGGAUCUCCCUGUGUAACUUGGAUCCUCUCACCGAGACUUACGAUAUCUCCUUCUACCUACAGUACUAUGCAAAGUGGCCUUCAAUGUUCAUCGUUGCCGAGGAUAGUCGGGGUAACAUUGUUGCAUACAUCAUGGGCAAGCUCGAGUCUUCGCCGUCCUGGAUGACCGGCUCACCGCACUACCUGCCCUGGCACGCCCACAUCACGGCGCUGACCGUCUCCCCGGCGUACCGGCGGACGGGCAUUGGCAGCAUCCUGACGGAGCGGCUGGAGCAGGAGGCCGACGUCGGCCGCGCCUACUUUAUGGACCUCUUUGUGCGCCGCAGCAACCAGCGCGCCAUUGACUUUUACCGCCGCAACGGCUACAGCGUCUUUCGUGUCGUCCGUGACUACUAUGGCGACAACGUCACGGAUCCCACCGCCUCGGGCGAGGACGCCUUUGAUAUGCGCAAGUCCAUGAAGCGCGACGCUGCCGGCGAGCAUGUCCGUGAGGACGGCGAGAAGUUUGAGGUCGAUCCCGAGGAUGUCUUUUAG